AUGGAUCUGACCGCCACUUUGUCGGAGCCGAAUGAUGUGGCUUCAAUCGACCACCUGGCCAAGACACAUUAUGUAGCUGAACAGUCGCUUCGGGAUGCUCAUCACCGUAAGGGGCACAAAAGUGCAUCCCCAUGUCCCGAUUUCGCAACGAGGUGGGAAGUCGCACAACGCGAAGUCCGAGCUAGGUACUUGAAGAGAGCUCUUGAGCUAGCUUCCUCGGAUCAAUACAAGCGGCAGCAGGUGAACGAUAUCGAGUUUGCAAAUGCGCUCUACACAAAGUGUUACGAAGAACUAGAUCCCGACGAAGCGGGAACCACUUCCUCAAUCCAGCUCGAUGCUUUCAAAAUAGCAGUGACAAAGUUGCUGAGCUCCGAGACUGGAUCUAGACCGCAUCCAGUCCAAGUUAAAGAAGAGGAAGCCCCCGCUGCUAUCAGGGAGUUUCCGCAAACUGUUGACAAUCCGGACACUGCGAUGAGAGAAGCGCCUUCGGAGGAUUACAAUGUUGGCAACGCCGCGGAUGGUAACAUACAGGCGUUGGAGACAGCCGUGAAGAAGGGCCUCAAGGCGCUGGCGCAGAUGAGCGAAGUUUUUGGCGCGUCCGAUGACUGGGACACUGAAGCCGACUGGGUUACCAAGAUCAAGCGAACGAUCUCGAAAGCUCGCAGGGAAAAGGUCGUCAUUGGGAUUGUCGGAAGCACUGGCGCGGGAAAAUCGUCUUUGAUCAACGCGCUAAUCGAUGAAAAACACAUCCUCACUACGGACUGCAUGCGAGCAUCGACAGCGGUCCCAGUGGAAGUCUCUUACAACAAACAAGCAUCAAGAUACAGAGCAGAAAUUCGAUUCAUUGAGCUCAGACACUGGGAGCGCGAGUUGAACAUUCUAUUUGCAGAGCUUGGUGACCAUAGUGAGGAACUUGCUCGCGGCGAGAUGCCAAAGGACUCAGAGGCAGCGGUCGCCUUGGAUAAGAUCAUGGCUGUGUAUCCGACCUUGAAGCGGGAGCAUCUUCUCGAAACCUCGCCCUCGAAGCUGCUGGAGGACAGAAUUGUAUUCGACCUACUGGGCCAGAGUAUGGUGAUUGAAGAAAAUGACUCUAAGAGUUUCUCAGAGAGCCUUAAGUCAUAUAUCGAUAGCAAGGGCAAGAAAAAGAGUAGGUCCAAGAUUUUGACCAAGAAGGGCACUUCUGCACAGCCGAUAGAUCUGUCAGACGAGCUGAAAUCCGCCGACCCGGGCAUUGGACUGUGGCCUCUUGUUCGCGUUGUGCGGGUCUAUGUGAAGGUCGGAGCUUUGUCGACAGGAGCUGUUCUAGUUGAUCUUCCCGGAGUCUACGACUCGAAUGCAGCGCGGGUGGCCGUGGCCAAGGAGUACAUGAAUUGUUGCUCUGCUCAUUGGAUUGUGGCGCCCAUCAAUCGCGCAGUCAGUGAUAAAGUUGCUCAUGAUCUGUUGGGCAAGAAUUUCAAAAUACAGAUGCACAUGAACAGUGCAUUCAACGACAUCACAUUUAUCUGCACCAAGACCGACGACAUCGUUCCAAUGGAAGUGGUGCAAUCUCUAGGUCUUGAGCUGCCACCUGUUGAGAAUGUUGAAGCAUCGGAAAGGUUUGAGGCCUUGAAGAUAGAGCUUCAAGCAAGCAGAAGAUCGAAGAAAAAGAUUGCCGAUGACCUGGACGACAUCGAAGAGAAGAUCGAAGAGCUAGAGUCGGAGUUAGAGGAAGAAGGUUUCAAUCUCGACGAUGUCAUGCUUACUCCCAAAAAAAGGAAGAAGGCCCGUAACGCUGGGAGCUCGCCCGAGGAGUUGCUCGCGACCAUGACCUUUUCAGAAAGCAUCGAAGACCCAGAUGAAGCUGAUGAUGAUCAAUCAGUACUCCUGCGUCAGCUGCAUAGAUACAAAGCCCAGCGGAGGGACCUUCAGAAACAACGACGCCUCAUCCAAAAAAGAAUUCAGAUAUACGAGUCAACCGAGUUCGAGGAUCUCCGACGAUGCAUUGAGGCUCGGAAUGACUUUUCGAAGCAUGAGAUCAGACGUGACCUUGCUCAGACCAUUGCGAACUUAGAUCGAGACGAUGAGCAGCCUGAUGGAAGUAUUCCCCAGACUCCGGCCAGAAACUAUAGUGAACUCGAACGAAACCUUUCGGUGUUUUGUGUGUCCGCUAAAGCUUAUCAAGGAAUUCGUAGCCGUCCAGAGCCAGACACCCGGGUCGGUGGGUUCUCUCAACUGGAACAGACAGAGAUUCCUGCUCUGCAGCGGUACUGCGUUGCGCUGACUAUCAAAUCCCGUGAACGAACUGCGAAACGAUUCUUGAUUGCGCUCAAUUCGCUCCUUCAAUCCAUAGCGAUAUGGUGCUCUCCAACUAAGUCAGCAGCGGCUAUCUCUGACCAGGAGAAACAGGAGAUUGAGGCCGGAUUCAGUAUCGCACUGCACGACAUGACCAAGACCAUGAAUGAGAGCCGGGAUGGUUGUAUUUCUACCAUUCAAAGAGUCAAGAUCAUCAGCCUGCUGAACGAAGCAUGGCGCCAGGGAAACAAGGCGUUUUCUCCGACGGUUGCAUCCUGGAAUAGACCUUCAACCGAAGGAGGAUUCCGGUAUAAUACCUACCAAGCAAUCUGUCGCCGCCAGGGCGUUUUCAAGCAAAUCAACAUGAACGACGAACUAGCAGUCCCUAUGCUUGCCAAAACCAGCCCCGGAUGGCGCAAAGCGUUCGCUAGAAAAUUGCCCGAAGCAUACAAAACUCUGCGUGAAAAACUGGAGAAUGCUCUCAGCCGCUUCCACUCUGAAACGAUUCGAUCAACAAAGUGGGAGGUCCCCCAAUACACACGCCAGCUCCUACAGAACAAACUGGUUACUUCCCACGAAAUGUUGCGGCAUAAGAUGGACGAUCUGCAAGAGUGGAGCAAGACAAAGCAGAAAGAAGCGCUCGACAAAUUCAGCGAGAAAAUUGCUACGGAACUCCAUAAGACCUACGAAGCAUGCGCCGAGCAUCGAGGCAUCGGCACAUUGCAAGCGGUUCGCACCACGAUGUCCGACCAUGCCGAGAGGCAAGGGGAACAGUUGUUCCGUAGUGUCUCGAAUCAAGUUGAGCAGACCCUUCAAGCAAUAUUGUGCGAGUUGAAGGUUAAGAUCGAGCGGUUGGUCGAGAAACGAUUGCAGGACGCUCGCCAAGACUACCAUCGUGCCCUUAUAGCACCGCACCUCAAACAAUGCUCACAGAAGAAGGCGCGCUUCAAAGCUCAGAUCCUACAUCUUGUCCGUAAUGCUGAGGCCGACCUGCAGCUGGGAGUUUUGCUAGGAGGAGGUGGUCUGCCUCAAUCUGGCGAGGCGCCUGGUGUAGACAAGCAGAAGGCGGCGGCUACUACUACUGAAUCUGCUGCUAAUUCUUAG